AUGGACUUCCUCAACAAGGUUACCGGCAGCGGCAACAGCCAAGGCCAAUCCGUCAACGAGCAGGUCGUCCAAGGCCAAGGUUCUGAGCAGAAGUCCUCUGGCUCCGGUGGUUUCCUCGGCGGCAUUGGCGACAAGCUGAACUCUGCUGCUGGCGGCGGCAAGGAGAGCGAGAAGAACGAGGACUACCUCGACAAGGGUGUCGACUUCGUCCAAGAGAAGUUCAUGGGCGCCGGUCCUCAAGAUAACGAGUCGGCCGUCGAACAAGCCAAGGACGAACAGAUUAGCGACUUCAUCCGUGGCCAGUACAAGAGCACCACCGGCUCCGACAUUCCCAUCAAGGACAAGGAGACCCGCCUUGGUUAA